AUGCCACAAAAACCAAAUAAAAGUAACAAUAAAACUAAGCAGCCACAGCAGCUGCAACAGCAACAGCAACAGCAACAACAAAUACAACAGCAAUUACUACAACAAAAUGUAUUAAUUGAUGAUAUUUUAUCAAGCGAUGAAGAGGAUCCAAAGGUGCCUUCCAAAUCAAGUGUAAAGAAUGCAUUAAAGAAAGCUAGAAAAGAAAGAGAUAGAGAGUUAAUAAAACAAUUAAAAGAACAACAAGAUAUGGAAAUCGAUGCACUACAGGCAAUUUAUCAAGAUGAAUUUAUUACUAUGGACCCAAUUGUAAUUACUAAAAAUAUGGAUACUAUUAUUGAGGGUAUUAAGCCUGUUAAAGAAUCAUCAAGAUUUAGAAUAACUUUAAAACCAUAUGUUGGGGAUGACGAAAAAUGUUUUAUAUCUGUAUAUUUAUGCAUUGGUUUCCCAGAAAAAUAUCCCGUAGUUUUACCAAAUAUUCAAGUAUUACCAAACAAAGGAAUAUCUCAAAAGAAGGCUUCUGAAUUGGAAGAGAAGCUUCAAAAAGAAUCUCAAGGUAAAAUUGGUAACAUUAUGAUUUUCGAUCUUUGUGAAAUCGUUAAAGAAUUUUUACAAAUAUAUAACAGUGAGCCAACACAAUCAAUGCAUCAGCAAAUGUUAACUGAUCAAAAAGAUUCUAAAAAAUUAUCAAUAGAAGUUGGUUCUAUGAAUGAUCCAAAUUAUAAUUUGAAUAUAGAUAAAAAAGAAUGGGAGUCAGCACUAGAAGAAAGCCAAUUAAAAGAUGAUAGAAAAAACUUUAGAUUACAAAAGAGUAUGCAGAGAGCACAUUUUGAAAGAGAAAGAAAGAAAAAUAUUGUUAACGAAUUAACAAAUAAUACAUUUACCCAAAAUUCACCAACCUAUACAAAUGACUAUUCAAUGGUAGCUAUGAUGGCAACCGAGGAACAAAUUCAACAACAGCAACAAACCCAAACAUUGUCCCAACCAAAUGAUAAAGUUAUUGAUAAGCAGCAAACUAUGAUACUUCAUUUAUUACGUUUAUUAGUUCAAAACGAUUCCAAUAUAUCAGCUGAUCAUAUUAGAACUCUUGGUGAACAAUUAGUGCAUCUUGGUUUAUUUAAUCCAAAUCAUUUACCUUUAUUGGUAAAUGUGAACAACUCUUAUGAUAAUCAAAUCUACCAGCAUAUAUUUAAAGAUUAUUUUUUAAAACCAUUCGGCGAUAUAUCAAUAUCAGAUAGUUCAAAGAAUGUCGAUUCAUCAAAUAACACUGGGCAAUUUCUUUCAAAAUUUUGGGAAACAUUAACAAAGGCUGAUAAUCCAUCAAUGGGGCAAAGUAAAGGCAAUAGUAAUGGCGGUAUUGCAAGUGGAAUGUCAAAUGUAUCAAAAACUAUAAAGCCACACCAACAAUCAAGAUACCACUCAGAUUUUGAAGAAAUUCAACUAUUGGGUAGAGGUGGCUUUGGACAAGUAGUCAAAGUUAAAAAUAAGCUGGAUGGUAGAUACUAUGCAAUUAAAAAGAUUAAAUUGGAUAGCAAUCGAUCUUUAAAUAAAAGAAUUUUAAGAGAGGUAAUUACUCUUUCAAGAUUACACCAUCAACAUGUAGUAAGAUACUACCAAGCUUGGAUUGAAGGGGCUGAAAGUUUAUCACUAACAAACUCUGAUGACUCGUCCCUAGAAGAAGAGGAGGAGGAGGAAGAGUCAAUCGAGUCUAGUUCUGAAUCUGAAGACUAUUCCGAAUCUGAAGAAGACUCUAGCCAAGAUGAAUCACUAUCAGAUGAUUCCGAUGACUCUGAUGACUCUGAUGAUUCUGAUGAUUCUGAUGAAGAGGAUGACUUUAAUCAAUCUUUUUCAGAGGGUUUCUUAUUUAACCAUGGUAACAAAAAAUCAUUAGAGUUUGACCUUACUGAUGAUAGUUAUUCUUUCCUUCAUUCGGACUCUGGUUUCUUAUUGGAGGUAUUCGAGCUUAACAAUAAAACUGGCGGUAAUACUAGAAGUAUGGGUUCAAGUAAUCAAAUGGUACUUAAAAAUAAAAAAUCAAAUAAUAAAAACAAUAGUACAAAAAAUAAAAAAACCAGUUCAUCAAGUAAAAAGAAGACAACCACCGUUUCAAAUAAAUCAAAUAAAACCAAAAAGAGUACUGACGACAAAAAACCAUCGGCAUCAAACAAACCAGCAUAUCUCUACAUUCAGAUGGAGUAUUGUCAAAAAAUUUUAAGAAAUCUUACUGAAGCUGGUAUGAAUUUAGAAGAUGACGAUAUUUGGAAAUUAUUUAGACAAAUUGUCGAGGGUAUGGCAUAUGUUCACGGCCAAGGAAUAAUCCACAGAGAUUUAAAACCAAGUAAUAUAUUCUUUGAUUCUUGUGGCGACAUUAAAAUUGGUGAUUUUGGUUUAGCUACAAAUGCACAAACCAACCUCUCAAUUUCCUCAUCCUCCUCUACUACAAGUGGAUCAUUAAACUCUUCAAAUUCGAACAACUCUGUAAUUCACAAUCCUCAAAAUCAACAAAACAAUAACAAUAAUCAAUAUUGGGAAGAUGAAAUGUUAGAGGGUGCAGUUAAUCAACAUACUGCUAGAGUUGGUACUUUAUUUUAUACUAGUCCGGAACAAGAAUCUGGUACAAAUGGUGAUAGCUCCUAUGAUAAUAAGGUCGAUAUGUAUAGUUUAGGUAUUGUGUUUUUUGAAAUGUGGUAUGUAUUUUCAACUGGUCAUGAAAGAGUUAUUGUAUUGCGUAAUCUUCGUGAAAAAGGCGAAUUCCCAAGUGAUUUUGAAAGAUCACAUUCAAGACAAGCAAAGCUCAUCAAAUGGUUAACUGAAAGAGAUCCUGCUAAAAGACCAAGCUCACAAGAAUUAUUGCAAAGCGAACUAAUGCCUCCAAAAAUGGAAGAUGAAUAUAUUAAAAACUCAAUUCGUGUAAUUACAAAUCCAACCAAUCAAUUCUACCAAACUAUGCUCAACUCUUUGUUUUCUUCAAAUCACCAAAACCUACACUCUCACAUUUACCAUCACCAACAAUCAAGCCUUGCUUCAUCCGCCUAUAGUAAAUCAUUGUUUUGCAGUUUUGAUACUUUACAGGUUAAGGAUUUUGUUGACGAGUUAAUUAAAACAAUUUUAAAGAAACAUAAUUCAAAUGAAAUGCUCACCCCACAAAUGUAUAUAGUCCAAGAUUGGGAGGAAAAGCAACAACAUCAACAACAACAAAAAACAAUAACCACAUCAAGUUUAGCCAAUAACAAUAAAACUGUAACAUCAUCAACAACCACAACAACCACAACAACUACAACAAAAUCUACUAAUUGUAAAACUGGUAAAUCAAUUUUAAUGGAUGAUAGUGGUCAACUAAUUGAACUUAGACACGAUCUCCGUGUAUCCUUCAAAAACUUUUUAACCACCGAAUUUUUAAAUCUAGGGGAACACUAUAAACAUCAUCACAACGAUCUACAUAACACAGGCGAUGAUAAUCUAGAAUAUUCAGAUGAUGAAGCCAAAUCAACUAUAACAACAAGAUCAGUCGAAGAUAUCUUAGAUAUCGUGUCCAGAGUACCAAUUAAACGUUAUGAAUUUGGCCAUGCUUUCAGAAAACCAAACCUUGUUGGAAAAUUACCAAAAGAACUAUCCCAAUUUUGCUUUGAUAUUUUUGGUAGCGACUCAUUAUAUGCCGAUGCUGAAACUAUUAAAGUUGCAACUGAAAUAUUUGAUGCACUCCCAUCUACACAAAACUACUAUUUCAUUCGUCUUAAUCACUUUGGAAUUGUAGAAUACAUGUGGAAAUCGGUUGGAAUUACAGACCAAACACAAAAGAACGAAAUUGGUCAAGUAUUAAGUCAACUAAUUCGUCAACCAUGGUUCACAGUUAAAAAAGUUUUAUUAGAAAAAAUUAAAUUACCACUCAAACAAGUUGAAAGACUAGCUAACUGGGUAUUAGUUAAAGGCACCAUACCGGAUGUAUUAAAAAAACUAGACACCAGCUCUCAAAACAAUCCAUUAUUAGGUAACAAUAGUACAAUUGGUGGUGGAAAUAGUGUUAGAGUCAGUUCAUCAUUCACCGACCUUUUGGAAGAUGUUAGACAACUAUCAAGCUAUUUUGAAAAAAUGUCAAUACCACCACACAAGAUUAUUUUUGAUUUAUCAUAUUGUUUUAGCGAAAACUUUUAUACCAUUGGCACAAUGUUUCAAGUCGUUCUUAAAGAAGAAAAACAUGAAUGUUUAGCAGUUGGUGGCAGAUAUGAUACCAAUUUAGUUUGUAAUAAUAAUCAAAAUAGUACGGGUAAUCUCAACAAUAUUAAUCUAUCAUCAUAUAGUGGUAGCUUCAAUAACAAGCAACAACAACAACAACAACAAUUAUCAUCAAUUAUAAUUCCAAUUACAGGUUUAAGUGUAGCGAUGGAUAAAAUUUACUCUCGUGAACGUGAAUCACUCAAACAAAGAAGAAGACAACAAAUACCACCAACCUUAAUUCAACAACAAAUGAUAUCACAUAAAUUUUCAACACCAGAUAUAUUUGUUAUAAGUUUAGGUACCAAUUUAUUUAUGGAACGUAUUAGUAUUGUUUCAGAUCUCCAAAAUGCUGGUUUUAAUGCUGAAACAAUGUAUUUAUCUGACCCAACACCAGAAGAACAAACAGAUGCCUCAUUAGCUUGUGGUGCUGUAUAUGUAGUAAUCAUUAAAGAAAAAGGUGCAAAGAAAACAAUUAAAGUCAAGAAUAUUGAAAAGAAAAAAGAAGAUGAUAUCUCAAGGGAUGAAAUUGUUAAAUUUUUUACAUUAUCAAAUUUUACCUCAAAAAACAAUUCAAAAAUUAAUAGAUAA